AUGGGGUAUUCCCAUCACGUGGCAGUGUUCUUCAUGGAGACAUUAAUCAGUCUUCUUCCGGGUCCUUUAUUUCGAAAAUUCCUGCAAAACCAUCUUCUGAACAUGCCAUCAUUGUCGGAGUACACCACUGACGGAGUGUCGGUCGUCUCUGUGCUUGCAAGCCACGAGAACGCAUGUCGAGUGCUCCGGGCCGCUAUUCGAGCAGUGAAACGAGCUUCCGACCUAGAACAAAUAAUGUCAGCUCUUCAGUUGCCUGGUAUUGGCAAGAUUGAGACAGGUCUGAGAGGAGCCCUCGACUCUGGUCAGCAUUAUCUUCUCAAUGCGCUAGCUGAAGCUUGUCAUCGGUGUAGUGGAAGUCGUGCGGAGGCUGUUCAGGCCACGUUUGAGAAGAUUCUCCUGGAGGCAUUUGAAUACGGUCAAAAGAUGAAAGUGGAUGACCAGCUGAUCAAAUCGAUUGUACGUUUGAAGAGGCAGUCCGAACUCGAGAGUAGUGAUGGAAUGGAAGAGGAGGGGAAGAAACUGUCAGCAGGUUUCCUGUUUCUAUGUCACCUUCUGCGAGGUCAACAGCUUAAGCACUUAGAUUGUACCCUUGCAAUACUGCUCUCUGCAGCAGAUGGAAAGCUUGGUGAACGAGGAGUUACCUCAUAG